AUGGAUACCCAAAAAUCUGGUAUUUUAAAAGCUUCCAAAAAAGAUAUCCCUACAUCUCAGAGAUGUGAUAAAUUUAAGAAUAUAAUUGCUCAAGGAUCAAAAAAACAUAGAAUAGUAUUCAUAGAUGAGUUAGACAAAUAAUAAUCUUUAACUAAAGUUUUCGAAGUAGAGAACUGGAAAAUAUAUAAUGUUGAAGAACCCUUAUAAGAUGCUAAAUAAUCAUGCGGAUGCAUCAUAAUUUGA